AUGACCGACGAGACAUUGGACCCGCGAUCGUACACCAAGUUAUUUUUAAAUGGCCAGUAUGUGGAAGCAACAAACAAAGAAACAUACGGCCUGAAAAAUCCGAAAGAUAAUACCAUCGUGAUAGAAAAUUUUCCAAUAGCUGGGCCUGAAGAUGUUGACGCUGCGGUGCGAUUCGCCGAAGAGGCAUUUCGUGGGCCGUGGAGUCGUUUUACAGCCGUGCAGCGAACUGAAUGCUUUCUCAAAUUAGCGUCGCUCCUUGAAGAAGACCUGAUGCCAAUUAUGAGGAUGGACUCUCUCACUUCCGGAAUUCCUGUGUCCCUCGGUCCAGUUCGCGAGAAAACUUAUAUCAGGAAUUGCGUCCUCUAUUACGCCGGAUGGACCGACAAGCACAAGGGAGACUACUUUCCCGAAGAUGAUGGAUUUGUCAAGUUCGUGCGCCAUGAACCCCUUGGAGUGUGUGCGGCAAUCAACCCAUUUAAUUCGCCAUUGGCCUGUUUCUUUCUGAAGGCAGCGCCGGCAUUGGCAACUGGCAAUGUGAUAAUCAUCAAGCCCAGUGAGAAAACGCCCCUAGGGUCCCUGGCCAUUGCAACUCUCUUUGAAAAGGCCGGUUUUCCUCCCGGAGUUGUCCAGGUCGUCACUGGCCCGGGGUCGACUGGAGCUCUCCUGGCAGAACAUAUGAAAAUUCGCAAGAUUUCAUUUACUGGUUCAAUAGCGACGGGCAAGAAGAUUCAACAGGCUGCCGCUCAGAGUAAUUUGAAACGAGUUACACUAGAGUUGGGAGGAAAGAGCCCGGCAAUCAUAUUCGACGACGCAAAUCUGGAAAAUGCCUUGACAUGGACAGUCAAUGGCAUCAUAACACGGAGUGGGCAGCUUUGUGUUGCUGCCUCUCGGGUGUAUGUCCAUAAAAGCAUCGCAACCCAAUUUAUCGAGGCGUAUAAAAAACGGAUGAGAGCGGCUGUCAACGAUUUUGGCGAUCCUCAAGAUCCAAAUGUCAAACUGGGCCCCGUAGUCGAUGCCGCCCAGCUUGAGAUAGUGAAGCAGAAAGUGAACCGUGGCAAAUCCGAGGCUGAGCUAGUUGUUGGUGGCUCCCAACAUGGAGAAACCGGAUGCUAUAUGGAACCGACAGUCUUCUGUAACCCCAAAGACGACGCAGACAUAUACCGGAACGAGGUAUUUGGACCCGUCAGUGUCAUUAAAACGUUUGAGACGGAAGAAGAGGUCUUGGAGCUCGCUAAUGACACUGAGUAUGGUUUGGUGGCCGGAAUUUUCACCAAGGACGUGACACGCGCCAUUCGAAUGUCGUCGGAGUUGGAUGUCGGUGUUGUUGGGAUCAAUUGCGUCAGUCUACAAAGCAUGCAGACUCCGUUUGGAGGGAAAAAGCAGAGCGGCGUAGGGCGAGAGUUUGGAGAGUAUGCUUUGAGGAUAUUCACUGAGCCGAAAACGGUCCUCAUCAAUAUGGCAGCAUAG